AUGUCAUCGAUAGCAACAGCGCAGGCUACAUCUAAGUCCAGCCAAGACAUUCAAGAGUACAUUGGACCUAACUUGAAUGUCACUUUAACGUGUCCCGAGUGCAAGAUUUUCCCUCCUGAUUUGAUUGAGAGGUUUAGCGAAGGAGAUAUUGUGUGCGGUAGUUGUGGCUUGGUUUUAAGCGAUAGAGUAGUUGAUACUAGGUCGGAAUGGAGAACAUUUAGCAAUGACGACCAAAACGGUGAUGACCCAUCGCGUGUAGGUGAUGCAGGUAACCCGUUGUUGGACACGGAAGAUUUGUCGACCAUGAUUUCUUACGUUCCCGACAAUUCGAAAGCGGGAAGAGAGUUGAACAGAGCCCAGUCGAAAUCAUUGGUGGACAAGAAGGACAACGCUUUGGCAGCAGCAUAUGCCAAGAUUUCUCAGAUGUGCGAGGGUUAUCAAUUGCCAAAAAUUGUCCAGGAUGGAGCGAAAGAAGUCUAUAAAAUGGUUUACGAUGAAAAACGUUUACGUGGAAAGUCACAAGAAUCAAUAAUGGCUGCAUCGAUCUUCAUUGGUUGUCGUAAGGCUAAAGUUGCUCGUACAUUCAAAGAAAUUUGGGCCUUGACCAAUGUGCCUAAGAAGGAAAUAGGCAAGGUUUUCCGAAUAAUGAAUAACAUCAUUCGUGAAAAGAAUGAAGCCAAUCCACAGUCUGCUGCUUAUUAUAGUCAAGAUAACAUCCAAACGACUCAAACGUCAGCUGAAGAUUUGAUCAGAAGAUUCUGUUCUCAUCUUGGAUUGACCUCGCAAGUCACUAAUGGUGCUGAGUAUAUUGCAAGAAGAAGUAAGGAUGUUGGGGUCUUGGCCGGUAGGUCGCCCACGACAAUUGCAGCUACAGUUAUUUACAUGGCGUCUUUGGUCUUUGGCGUGGAGUUGCCUCCAUCAAAGAUCUCUGAUAAAACUGGGGUCAGCGAUGGAACUAUUAAGACUUCAUACAAGUAUUUGUUUGAAGAAAAGGACAAAUUGAUGGAUCCCUAUUGGAUUGAAACUGGAAAGGUUAAUUUAGAGAACUUUCCAAAAGCAUAA